AAAAAUGGUGAUUUCUGUCUGAAGAACGCUUUCUCUCUCUAGAUUUUACUUUCUCUCUCUAGAGUAGUUUGACAAAGAGAGUUUACAGCGAAAGGAGAGACAAUGGGUGAGAAUCGAAUCCACCAUCACUCAGAAGUAAAUAAAAUAAGAAGUUGAGUUGAGUUUUCGAGUGAAGCAAAUAAUUCAAUCGCCAUUGCUAGGGUUCUUAAGAAGCUUUGAGAAGAAUUAAUUGAAGAUGCUGAACAUAAAAAGCAGAGAAAGAGACUCGACAAUGAUAGUACCUAUUCGAAUGUGAAUCGGAAAGAGACCGAUUCAUCGGAAAAAGACGAAGAUCUCAUUUGUCUCUACCCGCCGCAGGGGAAAGACUGAAGAUUUUGUGCAAAAGGGAGAAGAUGAGACCAGCUAUACCUCUUGACUACGCUGUCUUCCAACUCUCCCCGAAGCGGUCAAGAUGUGAAUUGUUUGUGUCUACUUCGGGGAAUACUGAGAAGCUUGCUUCUGGACUGGUGAAACCAUUUGUUGCUCAUUUGAAAGUUGCUGAAGAGCAGGUUGCACGAGAAGCUCAGUCUAUCAGGCUAGAAGUUGAAAGCAACAAAAAUGCUGGAACUUGGUUUACGAAAGGGACCCUCGAGAGGUUUGUACGCUUUGUUAGUACCCCAGAGGUUCUGGAAAUGGUAAGCGCAUUGGAUGUGGAAAUGUCUCAGUUGGAGGCCGCUCGAAAAAUAUAUGGCGAGGGGACUGGUGAUCAACGACCUGGUGCAAAAGAUGGCACAGAAACUACACCAGCAGCUGAUGUGACAAAGAAGGAGCUACUGAGAGCUAUUGAUUUACGGCUUGCAGCAGUUAGACAGGACUUAGCAAUUGCUUGUAAUCGUGCAUCGGCUGCUGGCUUCAACCCAAUCACUGUCUCAGAGCUUAGUCAAUUUGCUGAUCGAUUUGGGGCCAGUCGCUUGAAUGAAGCAUGCGCCAAGUUUAUCUUACUUUGCCAGAGAAGGCCAGAGCUUAUGAGCUCGUGGAGGUUCAAUCAGGAAGAAGAAGCUAUACGCUCGUCUUGGGAAUCUGAUAUGUCAAUCGAUGAUCCCAAUGAAGACCCAUCUAGAAACCUAGCGACUAACAGAACCCAACAACAUAGGGAACAUCAAACUGGUAUGGAAGAGCAAAGUACAACAGGAACCAACUACUGUCAACAAGAAUCAAAGCCUACGUCACAAAGUAGUCAUGAUGAAAAGGAUGAAGAAGAGGAUCAAAGUCCUGUGCAAAAUGAGCCAGUAGCAAGUCAGUCUAGGCAACUCACAAGACGGCUCAGUGUGCAGGAGAGAAUCAACAUGUUUGAAAACAAGCAGAAAGAGAACUCUGGAGGGAAAACAGCUGUGGUAAAAUCCACUGAGCUUAAAAGGCUCUCUUCUGAUUUAUCAUCUGCUGCAGGCAUGGAAAAAGUUGUGGUACGAAGAUGGAGUGGUGCUAGUGACAUCAGCAUUGAUUUGGGAAAUGAUAGGAAGGAUGCUUCUGGUGAUAGUCCAUUGUGCACUCCCUCGUCAUCAUCAGUGUCCAAAGAUGGAAGUAGUAUAUCUUCGAAACAAUUUGUCGGCUACAAUAAAAAAGAGCAGAAUGGAUUGAGUCGUGCUGACAAGCCUCAAAGGAAUGAAGACGAAUGUAGUUCCAACAACGUUAUGGACGAAGUAGAGUCCCAGAAUUCAAGCUCUACUUCCUUGCGAAAAGAGAAGGAGGUUGACUUGAAGGUGCCAUUGAGCACGGAUAAUCAAGUGGGACAUCAAGGAAACUCUCAGGAUUCCAAGCUUACAUACUAUGAUAAAAAUUCUGGAGGCACUCUGGAUUACUCAGGGAAUGCAAAUAUAGAUGAUGAGCCUGACAACAAAAUGGGCGAUUCUGAAUCAAACAGGCAGAACGAAAUACAGCUUAGGGAUCGUCGGAGUCAUUCAUUGUCUAAACUACAGCAGUUAGGUGGUACUGAAUCUAACAUCACUAGUGGUCGGAGCAAUGGAGGAACUGCGGAGUCUCCUAGGAAAGAACCUUCGGCUAGGCAAUCACCACUAGUUGAAGAUCGCCAGAGAAAGACACUGGUUUAUGGAGGUUCUGAACAGAUGAAAAGGCCGUAUGGUAGAAGGGCUGAAAUUGGUUCUGCUGAUGUAAAUAAAAAGUCACCUGCAGCCAUUAAUAGUGUGUCAGAUAUCUCCGAGAAUGAUACUCUGACCCAAGUGUCCCCGGCAGAGCAAGUUCAAAGGGCAAGAGCGUCUAAGGGAAGUCAAGAGCUGAAUGAUGAAUUGAAAGUGAAAGCUAACGAGCUUGAAAAGCUAUUUGCUGAACAUAUGCUCCGUGUGCCAGGGGAUCAAUCCAGCUCUGUCCGUAGAGGUAAGCCCGGAAAGCCGAGUGAACAGGCUGCGACUUCACAGCUCAGAAAACCUGUAGCAGAGGAUCUAUCUCCUGCCCAAAUUUCUAAUCAGAGGACCCCAACAGUGCCAACUUUAAGCUCAAACGACGAAGACAAGUUCAAAACUCCACCAACAAUUAAGGUGGUCGUUGACAAUGACUAUGGAGAUUCCACAAGGCAGAAAUUUCCAGAAAUCAGCUUUUCAGAUAAUUCUAGAGGAAAGUUCUAUGAGAAAUAUAUGCAGAAAAGAGACGCGAAGCUGAAGGACGACUGGAGUUCAAGAAGGACCGAGAAGGAAGCCAAGUUGAAGGUGAUGCAAGAUAUACUUGAUCGCAGUAACGCUGAGAUGAAGACGAAAUUUUCUCAGUCUACGACAAGACGUGAUUCAAAUGCCCGACGUGCAGAGAAGCUUGUAUAUUUCAACUCUAGGUUGAGUGCUAAAAAGGAUCAGCAUCCAAUUAGCUCAUUUCACAGUGAAGAAGAUGAAGAUGUUUCCAGGAGCACCCAGAAUAAGAAGGUACAACAAAACAGAAACAAUUUCUUGACUGCUCGAACCACAGCUACAUCAGCUUCACGCUCUGCAGCGAAAGUUUCUACACCUGGUGCUGUUAGGCGGAGAGGACAAUCAGACAAACUUCUUGCACAGUCAGUCCCUAACUUUAACGAGUUCAAGAAAGAAGGCAUGAAACCAGCCUCGGGAGUUGGAAAAAAUGGUGUCCGCUCACAGGUGAGAAGCUCUGUCCGCCCAAAGGCUGCAACUGAAGAAGAGAAGCUGCGAAGGCCGACAAAUUUCAGAAAAGGUGCUGCUGAAGCUGCUGAGUUGGCAGACUUUUCUCAAUUGAAGUCAAAAGAUGGUGUUUCUGUAGCUUUAAAUCUUGAGCAGCAAGAGCAAAGUGGGAGAAAUUAUAACAAUCUUGGAAUUGGUAUCAGCUCUGAAAAUGCGCAGCUAAAGGCUUCAGAAGGAUCUGAGGAAUCAGACGAUAUGGAGAAAGAGGGGAUGGAAGAAGUGCUUGAUGACACGGAAGUCGAAGCUUUUACGGAUGCAGAAAACGAGAAACCAAGACUAAGUCAGGAAUUUGAAGAAUCUAUUUCUCACCUUGACCCUAGUUCAAAUCCGGAACUACCUUCUGCUAUGGCUUCUAGGCAUCAAACCAUCGGUUCAUUUCUGGAUUCACCAGGCGAAAACCCUGUUCUAUGGAAUUCACGAGUGAAGCACCAAUAUCAAAACGAGGCAUCUGAACUUGAUGCUUCAGUGGACUCUCCAGUGGGUAGUCCUGCUUUCUGGAACUUAUCUUCCCUUAGCCAUACAGAGAAUGAUACAACUCAAAUGAGAAAGAAAUGGGGAGCUGCUCAGAAACGCGUUUCCGCUGGUAAUCCAUCUCAGAGUCAGUGCCAACAGGAUGUGACAAAAGGGUUGAAAAGGCUUUUGAAUUUCGGAAGGAAAAACCGUGCGGCUGAGAAUUUGGCUGACUGGAUAUCUGCUACAACCUCUGAAGGGGAUGAUGACACUGAAGAUGGACGAGAUCUUGCGAACCGAUCAUCAGAAGACUUGAGAAAGUCGAGAAUGGGAUUUUUACAGACACAUCCCUCUGAUGAUAGCUUCAACGAGAGUGAGCUAUUCAGUGAACAAGCCCAAUCCACUAGCGCACCAUUGAGCUUUAAACUGAAGGAGGAUCAGACGUCAGGAUCUUCUGUAAAAGCACCAAGGUCAUUCUUUUCACUCUCCAAUUUUCGUAGCAAAGGAAAAUGAUUCGAAACCGACAUUCGUAUAAGAAUUCAGGAUCCAAGCGAAAAUCAAAGCGUGAAGUUUAAAUACAAGUAACUGAAGAGUGAAGAGUGAAGAGCGAAGCCGCCUUUAUGUGUUUGGGCUUCAUUUUGGGACCUUUUAACUUGUAUUUAAAAUUUAUGGGCCUUUUUGCCACCGCAAUUUUCAAAUAUUUUGGUGCAAGGUAUAUUUAAGCUUGAUCAAAUUCAAAAUUGCAAUGCAAUGCAAUUAGCCAACAC